UCUUUCUAUUUCAGUACAUGCCUGCUACCUGUGAGGACAAAGCAGAUAAUGGCGACAUUGUGUCUGUUCACUAUACAGGUACACUGGUGAAUGGACAAAUGUUCGACUCAUCCCUGGCAAAAGGAAGGGAGCCACUUGAGUUCCAGUUGGGCAAAGGGAAGGUUAUCAAAGGUUGGGAGAUGGGUAUAAAAGGAAUGUACAUAGGUGAAAAAAGAAAAUUGAUCAUCCCUCCUCACCUAGGGUAUGGAGCUCGUGGAAUUCAGAAUGUUAUUCCUCGUAAGUAAAUGUUGAUUGUAAAAAUGACCAUGGGGGAACUAAGGGGGCCUAUAAAUACAGAAAAUUGCCCGAGCACAAGUGCAAGUCCUGAUUUAUGACACAAGUGAUAUUUGGGAAGUUUACUUAACCCUUUAACUCCCAAGAUCUGAUCGUUAAUUCUCCCCUGUAGCUGCUACACAUUUCCUUAUAAAUUAGUUAUGAGAACUUGAUGCUAGAUCAAGAUAGCAGCUUCUACCUGAUAAGUUUGAAUAUUCUCAUUACCUGUUUGCUGAAGAAUGUAUGGAUAUUGU